CCCUGAAUCUGAAUCUGGUAUCCCACGUGUGACAAUUUACAAACUCUCAAACAGUGAUUUUUUAACUUUUGGAUCCAUCAAGCUAUGUCUUGGAAUUCAGGUCGAAGUAGAGGUCGUGGAGGUGCUAGAGAAAGCAAAAGAAGACCAGUUGUUUUUGGGCGAAACAAGGAUGGUAAAGGCUACUGUAUCAAUGAGAAAAAUCUAGACACACGCUCUGUUUCUGAUCAUUCUUCUCUUACUGAUGUGUCCAUAACUAACUUGACUGCUGCUGGCAUUCAGCUGGACUCAUCUCUAUUGAAACGUCUCUAUCGAGAAUACAUUCAGGUUCGAAAAUAUAAGUUGCACAAUGUGUCUGUGGAGCCAUUGAUGAAUAAUUUCACUGAAUGGCAUGGUAACAUAAUUGGUCCAAAAGAUACACUGUAUAGUGGAGGAAUUUUUCAUUUCAUAAUUUAUUUUAACGAGGAUCAUCCAAAAUAUCCACCAACAAUAAAGAUGGCUACACGUAUUGAGCAUCCUUGCAUUAUAAAUGGCAUCAUUGAAUUGGACAUGUUAACUCCUCUGGUCAAGCAGAAGAAUAUGUCACUGCCAUCAAAUAGUGUUGAUAAGUCUAGAUACUGGUUUCCAGGCUAUUCUACAUUGUCUAUUUUGUUACAAUUGGAAGCUUUAUUUUAUGAGGGAACUGUGGAAGUUGCAUUAAGAAACCUAUCAGAUUUAACGGAAUACGAGUCAUCAAAGUCAAAGUGGGAGUCAGGUGUUCGGUUCUCAGUUGAACAAAGUUUUCACAUGAGUUGUAACUCUUGUAAGCAUAGACCAAGAAAAAUGUGGCCAGUUGUUGAUCAAUCUGUUGAUUCUGAAAAUAAAGUUGACCCACAUACAUGUAUAUCACACUAUCUGGAGGGUGUUUAUUGUUAUUAUUCUCUGAAGAAGUAUGAUGAAGCAGCUUUGGGUAUUGGAAUAAAUAUUACCAAGGAUGCUAGGAGCGGUGCAGUACAGAAAGUCAAAUGUAUACCAAUUCUUGUGUCACUUUCUUCUUUCAAGAGUUCCAAAGGCAGGGAAGUAUGGAGAGAAACUUUCAUGCAUUGGAUGCCAAUUUAUUUGGAUAAAUACUCACCAGAGAGGUCUUUGCAUUUAGCCAAACGAUCAAUUAGCUCCAUUUAUACUGGGGGUCCUAACGAGUUUCAACCUUCAAUGGCUUUAGAUUUUUUUCCUCGAUUCUUAACAUCUACUUGUGUCAGCUUUUUCCAAGCUAAUGAUGGUUCAGAGUCUCUUCUUCAACUGAAAGCUUAUUGCUACAUGCAUAGAUUAUUUUUACAAUUUCUUAUGGAUUAUCCUGAGUUAAAGGAAAAGGCAAAGAACGUUCUUACUCAAUUCAUUGGAGAUCCUAGUGCUCGUCAUAUUGAUGUAAUUCCUAAUUCUGGUAUAUUGCUGAUUUAUAUCACGUUUACUGGCUUGACAUGGAAUGAUUUAAUGCAGUCUUUUGUCUAUGAAAGUUUGGAUCGCAAUGUCAGAAAUAUUUUGAAACAUUUUCCAGAAUUAAGUACAAUUGAGAAGAAUGCUAGCAUUGAUGGUGAUCGUAUUUCAAGAAGUUUUUCUGGAUAUAAUAUUACUGGAUUACGAUUUGUCAUGAUGCAAUUGACAUUUAAUAGAAUUUUUCUUGCACCAGAAGGAUCGUCACUUGAUACAGUCAUUGAUUUGUAUGAUAAAUAUUAUUCUCUUCUUCCUAGCACCUAUGAAGAUCAGCUCUUGGAACAAAUUGAACCUAUAAAAGCAGUGAAGAGCUUUAGUGAAUACUUCAAACAGAUUGGUUUUCCUCACCAAACUGAGAAACAGUUAUUGAUACUUUUAAAAGAGUCAAUUGCUAACUCACUUGAGAAGCACUAUCAUGGAGGCAAAGCAAUAGAUGUACUAUCUCCUGAAGAAUUUGAAAAACAACGCUUAGGUUGCAUCAGGCCAUUGGAUGAAUUGUUGUCGGCAGCUGAUAUGACUGAUGAUGAUUGGCAUGCUCUUGUAGACACAAGAUUUGGUGUAUCAGAAGUACCUGAUACUUAUUUGGGAGUUGAUAAUCCAUGGAAACAUAUCUACUUACAGCAUAAUCUACAAGAGUUGGUUGGUAAACUUAAUGAAAAUCCUGACUUCAAGUUAUUGUAUGAGACAUUAGUUCUCUCAAAUGAAAUGUUGCGUCAUUUUGAACUCGUGACUUUUAGCCCUCAUAACAUCAAGUCUCACUAUUUUUUUCUAUCUCGUAUUGUUGAAUUACUACCUAACCUCAGUCAUCUGACCAUAUCAAAGGGAGAAGUUGCCCUUGGUGCAAAAGGAUUUAAAGAAUUGGUCAAGGGAAUGACAAAGAGUGCAGGUUCUCUUAAGGUUUUGACCAUGAAAUAUCUUGGCAUUGAGGAAAGUCAUGUAUCAAAACUUGCCGAGAGUCGCCUUACUAGUGAUGGACUUGAGACUCUUAUUUUAGAAGGUAACAACUUGAGAAGUGAAGGGGCUGUCAAGCUAUCUGAACUCAUGAUACAGCAUAGAUCAUUACCUAACUUGGCUGAGUUGAAUUUGCGCUGCUGUCAGAUUACUGAUGAUGGUAUGAAAGCUUUAGCUGAAUCAUUCCUUGUGAAAAGAAAUCUGAAGAAGCUAGACUUGAGUAAGAAUAAUGCUACUGCAAUUGGCUUAGCAAAAGUGUUGCAGAACCUUGCUUAUAACGCUUGCAUUGAAGAUGUCAAUUUGUCUGACUGUGGACGAAUGAAAGGAAGGCACGAAGAAUUUGUUGCUGCUUUAGCCAAAUUAUUUCAUUUAACUAUAUCCCUCCGAAAGUUAAACUUUUGGAAAACUGAUGUAUCGCAAUGCAUUACUGAAGAGAAUAUGAAGAUGUUGUCAAAGAAUUCCACUUUGCAGUUUUGGGACCUUGGGUUUGUUGCUGGUGGUGCACAAGAAGCUCUUGGAAUUGUUUUUUCUUCUAAUGUGUCAAACUUAGAAGAGCUAGACCUUAGCAAGAAUGGACUUGAUUAUAAUAAGUGUAGAAAAAUAUAUGAAAAGGCCAAAAAUAAUGCAUCGAGAAUCCAAAGACUUAACCUUCUGGGUAAUGAAAAUUUCUUGAAUGUGACUGUGCAUAAACAAUGUCAGCUGAUGGUGGAGUUAUUUACUGUUACCUUUGCUAAUGUUACAUUCCUCAAUAUAUCUAAUUGUAAUUUGGUUUCUGAUGCUGCUAAGAUUAUUAGUGACGUGUUGGCUUGUAACACUUCCUUAUAUCAUUUAGAUAUGAGUAUGAAUCAAAUUGGAAAGCAUGGAGCUCGCUUUUUAGCUGCAGGGCUUUUAAAAAAUACCAAAUUAAGAAUAUUGAAUUUAGAUAGCAAUAACAUAAGAUCUGCUGGAGCUCACUACUUGGCUUCUGUUCUUAAUCAGCCGUCAUGUUUCCUGCAGGAACUUUAUUUGUUUUGUAAUUUUAUUGAUGUUCCUGGUUCAGUUGCCAUUUGCAAAGCCUUGAAGACGAAUAGUCAUUUAACUUUAAUUGAUCUUGGCUUAAACAAAUUGCGAAAGAAAGGUGCUGCUGCAGUUAUUGAUAUGUUAUCUGUGAACAAAGUUUUAAGAUGUCUCUGUCUUAAAUUCAAUUAUAUUCCUGAUAUUUGGGCUAUUCAGCUAUUGAAACAAUUAGUUUUACAGAAGAAUUGUGUAGUGGAUCAGAUAAAACUAGCAGGAAAUUCAUUAAAAUAUGAAACUUUGGUUACUAUAUCCAACUUGUUAAAAGAAGCUCAUAGAACAAUUCAAUUUGAUUUAGAGUUACGAGCUCAAUAUUUGCAUCCUGAUCGGAUGGAGCGAACUGUUUAUGUAUCUCCUAUCUCUGGAUUUGUUACUCCUGACAUUAUAAAGAAACUUUUUUAUACUAAAAAGUGUGGUGCAAUUGUUAAUGUGACGAUUGGAAAACACAAGAAAAGAAAGGCCAGCUUUGCAAAGGCAAAUUAUGCCUUUAUUGAAUUUGCUCAUAAAGAUAGUGUGGAGUUAGCUGUAGAUCUCAUGAGACAGCGUGAUGCUGAUCUUGGUGCGGGAGCUCAGCCAAGAAUAACUAAAGCAGGACUAGAUUCUAAGUAAUUUGUGAGACUAAAAUCAAUUAUUAUUAAAUUUUGUAAAUUAUUAUUAAUUCCAGUGUGUUAUUUUUGAUAUGAGAAAAAUAAAAAGUUUCAUGCGGUAAUAUUAAUAGUC